AUGGCUCCACAGGCGUUGCAGUACAACCGCGCAUACCACCAGCGGGACUUCUGGCGCACCUUCCUCUCCUACGAGCAUGAGGCGCGGCGGGCAUCCUCGGAGGUGCGGAGCUUCCAUCUCGAUGAGGACUACAACGUACUUGCGGUGGCCACUGAUGACGACGACGAGGCUCCUGCUGCAGAGGCAGUGGUCAUCUACGGGUCUAUAUCCAGCCCCAUGGAUCCGUCGGUGGACAGCCUAGAAGCUAGGUGGUGUGCGGUAACCGGCGGACGGGGAUUCAUGGCGAGGCAUAUGGUGCUGGCGCUGCUCCGUUCAGGACGAUGGCGCGUGCGGAUCAUGGACCUCCGCGCCGACGCUGCCCUGACACCGGACGAGGAUGAUGGACUCCUUGGUGCCGCCCUCCGCGACGGUCGUGCCGUCUACAUCUCCGCCAACGUCUGCGAACUAGCCCAGCUUACGAAAGCUUUCGAAGGGGUAGAUACUGUUUUCCACACUGCUGCGGCAGAUCAUAACAACAACAACUUUCCGCUCCAUUACAAUGUCAACGUACAGGGGACAAAGAAUAUCAUCCAUGCUUGUCACACAUGCUCGGUUAAAACUCUGAUAUACACGAGUUCGAGUGGAGUUGUAUUUGAUGGAGUUCAUGGCCUCUUCAAUGUAGAUGAAUCGGCACCAUAUCCAGAGAAGUUCCACGAAGCAUACACGCAAACGAAGGCGGAAGCAGAACAGCUGGUGAUGAAGGCCAAUGACAUAAAUGAGCUGCGCACUUGCUGUAUACGUCCUGGAAGCAUUUGUGGUCCCGGUGACGGUAUAAUACCAACAUUAGUUUGUUACGGAGGAAUGAGGAUUAUUUUGGGUGAUGGCAAAACUGAUGAUGAUUUUGUAUAUGUUGAGAAUGUGGUGCAUGGUCAUUUAUGUGCCGAGAAAACUCUUUCUACCGAGGAGGGUGCAAUGCAAUGUGGAGGCAAAGCUUACUUUAUAACAAAUAUGGAGCCGAUGAAAUCAUGGAAGUUCAUAGAUAUGUUAAUGGAAGACCUUGGAUACAAAAGACGAUUUACAUUAAGAAUACCUGUGUAUCUUGUGAUGCCAAUAGCAUGUUUGGUAGACUGGAGCUACGAUAAGAUAUUCUCUCGCUUUGGAAUGCGUAAACCUGGCCUUAUAACAUCUUCAAUCGUGAAGUAUGUCACGCUCAAUAGAACAUUUAACUGCCACAACGCUGUGGAACAACUUGGUUACAAACCAGUAGUGUCACUCCAGGAAGGAAUAAAGAUCACUACAGAAUUCUAUAAGCAGUUCAGGGCGUGA